GGCGGAUGUCUCAAAAUUGUCAGCCCUUGUCCUUGUAGGUGACUUUAACCUGCCAGAUAUCUGCUGGGAGCUCAAUACUGCAGAGAAGAGACAGUCUAAGAAUUUCCUGGAGUGUAUAGAGGACAAUUUCCUUCAUCAACUGUAGGGCCAUGGAAGGAACAGAGAUGUCACCAAGUGUUAACUCAGAGGAGAGCAGCGUGUUGGACCUUCCCUCUAUUUGUGAUCCGGCAGAGCUCUUCGUGCCUCCAUGCAGUGCUGAAAACACCGAGGAACUUUAUCGUUCUGUGGAUGCUUUUCCCUCUCUGCCCACAGGAGAGAGCAAUCUACCAUCUGCAGUUCCUGUGGGCUCUUCUGAUGAAGGCUCUGAGAAAGCAAACGUGAGAUGUUAUCCAAAAGCAAGGCUGUGUGAGCCCACAGAACCUGACAAUGCUGUGCUCUCAUGGAUGUACAAACGGGACGGCGCUGAAGACCCCAGCAUCAGGAAAUCUCUCGAUGACUUCUACAAGAUGUAUUGCAAAAAACAACCAGGGAGAAUGGAUCCGACUUACGAGACUGCAUCACGGUGUCUGUCUCAGAAGAUUUUGAAGCUGGCAAACCGGGAUGGAACUAAAUAUGCGUCACGUUGCCUACAAGUGGCACAGUUGGUCUUGAACAGAGAUGGGUGCAAGAUCUUUCCAAACCACCCUACUUCUGCCUGUUUUUCAAAGCCAGCUGAAGGAGGAGUCUUGUUGGAAGACAGAAAGAGAACACCUGGGCUCUCAGAUGACAUCCUGCAAUUCCUCUUGAAACAAACACGGGCAGAACAUAGCCCUGACGUGUCACACGAGAAGUGAGCAAGGCAGUGGUUUGUUGCUGUCAUUGUAGCUUGGCUUUCACUCUAAAAAGAGGUGUCUUUCUUAGAAAGACACUCUUCUCCUUGCAUCACCUUCAACACCAGACACUCCAUGGAGGGGCUCACCUGGAGCAGACCUUGCCGCCUUGUUCUCUGCAGGGCAGCACUGCACAAGGAGCACCUGUGGUCCCCAUGCAACUGCUUGGGAUGUGUGGCUAAUCGGGAUGGGUGAUGCAGUGUUUGUUGCUGUGACGUCAGACAUGAUAAUUUAAAUCUACCAGGCUUUUAAAUUGACCUACAUCCCUACCCCAGCUGAAUCGUGGCCCUGCCCAUAUUCAGCCCCUGUGUAGGCAUGGACGUCCAAUUGCUGUUGAUUAUAACAGACUGUUUGAAUGAACUUGGCAUGGUAUGCCCCAGAGCUAGGGGGGAUAGAGAGGGAAGCUUAACAUUUUAUUCUAUUCCUGGCUGAAACUAUAACGUGUAUGCCUCCACUGGGGUGCCUGUUAGCUGUAUGUGUUUACCUACAGACAUAUGAUCCCACAGAUCAUGACUGCAGGGCAGGUGAGCUUUUCCAAGAGAAAAAGUGUGUGUGUGCAUGAGAAAGAGAAAAUAACAGCUUCUGAGCAUGUUCCAUGACAGCACUUCGGUCCUUUUUACCAUCACCCCUCCAACAACCUUCAGUUCUUUUCUGUCUUUCAUGAUGGUGCUAAUGAGAUCCCUGGAGGAAUGCUCCCUUUAAAAUGAAACAGAUCUCUCAGAGUCCAAGAAGGCUGACGUCAGUCAGCAACAGAGCAGUGAACCCCCACACAACCACCUGAGGUCUCUCUCUUGGAGGUCCUCCUUGCUCAGUGGCUUCUUUGCUGCCUUGCUCCCUCUGCCAGGCAGACAAAUGUCCUUGUGCUUGUUUUCCACCCACUGGCUUGUCCCCUGAAAGAGAGGUUUGCUGUAGUGAUGUUGCCUGCUGACUGGGGAGGUCAUUCUCCAGUGUGGAUGUGAUCAAAGAAGCACAGAGUGCAAGAGGAUGGGAUAUGCUUAAGGUGACAACAUGUGGGCAGGGCAAAGAAGGACGGACGGACAGUCAGGGUCUCAAAGGUUAACAUUAAGGUUCUCAGCUAAUAUGGUUAGUCCAGUACAGCCACACUGCUUACACCAGUUUUAGUAUUUGAUCUUCACUGUUUCAGUUUGGAGACAGCUCUUACCUUGCCAGCCCAGUUGCUGAACCAUCAGUUCCAUUUCCACGCUGGCCAGAUACCGUGAUGGGUUUUGGUGUUCACGCACACCAGAUUCCCUGCUUCAGUUCCCUCACAGGGCUGCUAUUCCUGCCUUGCUGCCCCUGGUAGAUUGGCACAGCAGCUGUGCUCUGCAGGUGUUUCCAGCAUAGGCAAUGGAAAUUUGGCUGCUGACUUUAUUCAGAACAGGAAGAGGCCCUGCUGGCCCAGCUGGCUGCAAGUUAUGGCCAAGGUCUUAGGUCUCUGUGCAAAUAGAUUUAUACUGGAACUGCCUGCUUUAGUUUCCUGUCCUUGAAUCAUCAUGGAACUGAUACACCUGGCUUCUUGGUGGUUCUGCUUGGUGUUUUGCUUGCUUGCUUUUAUGGCAGAGGUGCAGUACAUGUGCUGGAGGGCACGCAAAAUAUUGGAGCAGACCCUCAGCUGCUCCCCUGCUGCUCAAGUUAACGGUGCUUGGGAAAAAAAAGAGUUGAGGUGAGAAUGCAGCAUCAGUUCUGUAGCAACAAAUAAAUCCACAGGUGCUGGUGCAUCAGAAUCCAGAUGAAAGCAUUCUGCACGCAAAAACUAUAGACAAAGGUAGUACCAACUAGUUUGGCAACAGAUACAGCUGGAAAAAGCAAAGGUGCUCCUGAGUGUGCUGUCAGUAAUUACAGUAACACUACUGGCCUCUCCCUGCCAGCUCACGUUGCUUAACCACCACAAAUCUGUCACAGCUACAAGGGCAUGAAUACUGACAGAUAUAGGGAGCUAUUGCUAAGGAGGGACAGGGAAGAAGGAAAAUCUUCAGCAUGAAUCAGAUAGUGUUGCUUUUAAUUUUCUACCAGCAUUUAUGCUGUUCCACACAGCUAAAUUAGUUGCUGUGCCACACCCUUUAAAUGCCAUUUUAAGGGAAAUAACCUCCCAUGAAGACAGAGAUUGAGAAAUCAGAGGUCUGCAUCUGAAUCCCUUUAGUUGCUGUGUUUGGUUUAGUGAUGAAUUGGUCUGUUGUUUGGGUUAGCUUUGAAACCAUGUAGUCUCCUAUUCAGAAUUUUCUUUAAAAUGACCAAAGAUUUGCAAUUUCCACAAAGAAAGCUUGCCGCAAAAUAUGAAGUUCCUGUUCUUUUAGUAGAGUCCUGCUGCUGCUCAUGUUUGAGAGAUACCUACUGGGUUUUGAUGGAAAAGAAGCCCUGAUUGACUCUAGUCUGACCCCAGAUUAGCUCUAGAGACAGACUGAGUUUUCCCCACUCAUAGCAAAUGUGAUGUGUCUGCCUGGAGCCCCUCUUUGGGGUGUACACAGGGUGCUCCUCCUGAAGCCUGAUUAACCUGAGCUGCCAUAAUUUUAUCCCCUUUUCGAAUAAGAUAUAAAAAUAUUCAAGGGAAUAGCUGUUAAUUUGUAUCAAGUGUUUUAAAUGAUGGCAAAAUGCACACCAGGGGCCAGAGGGGAGGAGAAGCACCUUCAGUGAGCUCAUUCUUCUGCUUCAGCUCCUCUGUGCUCUCGGGGCUGCACAGCCGCUGCCUUCAACAUCCCAGUUUUCUCAUUAGAAAUUUCUGGAGCAGCAAGAAGAGAGAUAAGAGGACUCAUUACUCUUGAACCCUUUAGGUAAUGAGAUGCAAGCAGUGACAAAAUAAAGAAUGGGUGGCUGCUGAAAGAGCAUGAAGAUAGAUACUGGCAGAGGAAAGCGUGAAACUCUUUAAAAUUAAAGACCAACGUAGGCAGAACAGACUGGAUGCAGCUGAAAAAAUCUGGAUUAUGACUCAUAUCUACAAAUCUUGGCUGGCAUCUUGCAGAGGACAUGGUAAGCUCUGUGCUAAUGAAGCAUGCAGUCUUUUGAAAAGUUUGCACCCCCUGCAGUCAGGAGUGCCUGCAGUUUUGUGUGCUGCUCAGUUCCAGUGUCCUGGAGGUAUGGCCACACAUGGCUUCUUUGAGGUGAAAAGACAGUCUUCUUGCAUGUGAAGUACCAACAGUAGUACAAAGCCCUCACAGAAAUGUCCCGUGUUCUGUCCAUUUCUCCCCAGCCUGUGCAAUAAUCUCUGGGAAACUGAGUUUUUUUCCUGAGGAGUGAAAUGCUUUCCUCUCUCCCUGAUUUGCCCUUGACUUAGCUUUGACACUUCUAUGCUUUCAGCACUUAUCAGAGCACAAAUCAUCUUCUCAGAGGCCCUUUGCUGUUGGGUUCUCUCCCUUCACUUUGUUUGCUUCUCUGCCUUACCCCAUCACUUCAUUUUUUUCCUCCACUGCAGUAUAUAAGGCAGGAAAUAACCUGUUUUCCUGAAGGCGAGGAACCAGGUGAUGCUGGACCGUGUUGUACCCAAACAUGCUCCAUCCACCACCCUGAGCUGCUUUGGUUCCAGCUUUCCAAAGCAGACUCAGCUGUAACCAGUGAACAUUUGGCUGCCAGGCAGAAAUAUGCACCUGAAGUUACAGUCUCCGUGGAACUCCCCUGCCAGUUGCUGCCUGUGCUGUGCACACACUGGUCAAGGUGUCCUGCAAGUUGCCCCUUUGUGCGUUCCUCUGAGUUGUUGUCUUUCUCCUGCUCUAGGACAAGCACAGUUUGCUGCACAGCAGGACUGGCUGAGCAGAGCUGCCCAUCAGGGUAGUCCUGCGUACUCCCAGUGCCCCCCUGCCCUGCUUCUUGUCUACUUUAAGACCUGUAGGUGGGAAUUUUCCCAGCUUUCCCUAAAUAAUGGUGCUGUGGCUCAAGAGGAGGAAGAGCAGGGACUCUUGAUUCCUUUGCUUUCCUUCAGGGAAUGUUUUCCCGUUUGUGAUCCUCCUGAGGAAAGAGGCUCUGAUGGACUUGAACUGGGCGGUGUUCUAGAUGGGGAACUCACCCUAACUCCCCAGUUUGCUGGUUUCCCCAGCACUGAUGGUUCUCACCUCCACUGCCAAAGCCAGCUGCUGUCACCUCUGCUCAUCCCCCUGUGUGCUCUGGUAGCAUGUGGAGUCUGCUUUUGCAAAGGCAUUUGGUGGCUUACAUUGCGGAACAAAUUCAAGGGUUUUUGUUUUCCUUCUGCUUGUUCAAGGCUCACAGCAAAGGGCCAGCUCUGAGGCUAGCUUAGGAUACCACCUGAAAACCUACAACACCUUUCAGGGCUGUGGGUGUACAAGAACCCCUCAAGAUCUUCAAGUGAAAUGUGUAAGUGAAGUAGAAGAUGGGGAGUAACAUCGGUCCUAUAGGGUAUGACAAGCAAGGCCAAAAUUGAUCUGUCAUUGCCAAGUAGUAGGAGCACAGGACAUGGUGAGGACUUGACAGCCAUUUCCCAGAGAUUUUUCUGAUGCAUAGCCCAGGUCCAAAUCCCACCCACGGUCUGUUAGAGAUGUGUGCACUUUGGAUUGGGUAUUUUCCACCUGAGCUUGACCAGCGUCCUUCAGUGUCUCAGAGAGGUGACUCAUACUGCUGCAGGCACAAAGCCCUCUGCCCAUGCACACCAGACACCUGAAUUGCCUUGGGGCUCAUCUUUGGACUAGGUCUGGCAGGCUGCGAGUGCUGCCUCUGUUCUCAGAAUACAUAAAUGCCUGAUCCAAACUCUUUUGUCAUCCUUGACGAAUCCUCCUGCUAUUAAGUCAUUCCCCACUUUCCUCAGCUCAGAGCUUCUCCAGAAUGUUUGAUAUCAAUGGCCUCUCUGAUGUUUACUCCAAGAGAAUUUUUGUUUUCCCCUCCCACACGGCUGCCAGUGGGAGGUACUGAUUCGUGCCAACGACCUACCCAGUCCUGGAGCCCAGAGGCAGCCGGGGAGAGAGCUGAGCUCCUGUGACAAGCAGGUCCUCAGCAGGUGUCAAUGAAGCGAGUGGAGACAGGGCCAUUUACGCCAGUGGAGGAUUUUCCCCCAGGAGCUUGAGGUGUUUUGGUUUGCCUGGAUAUUUUCAGGACAUAUGGUUGUUAAAUUCGGUGUUUUGUAUUCGGUGUACAUCCUGUAUAAACGUGUCUGUUGGGCAUUGGUGAUUUUGUGUGGGGCAUAUGUUUUCCCAUAAUACAGAAGUUCACUUUAAAAAUACCCUCUUCUGUAGGCUUUCCCUAAUGACUAUUUUCCCACACACAUCUAUUAGGCAACAACAUAUGCCAGCAUUUCUUCCUUAAAAGUAAAAUCUGGCACAUACAUUACACACAGAGCAUGAAAUAAUAAGAUGUGAUUAAAACAGUAGCUGGAGCUAACCAAAGCCAGAAAAUCGUGGCUGAAAGGUCAGACUUUAUUUAAAUUGCCUUUGCAAUGGCCUCUUUGUUUGCAGGUGCUGUGAAUUGAGAGGAAAAGUCUUGUAAUGAAAGAACAUCUGUCGUGGAAAAUUUCACCUUCAGUUCAAGCUGAAAAAACUUUCACUUGCCCUAGAAGGUGGGUUCUUGUAAUGGGAAAUGUCAGUCAGCCUUAGGGCAGGUGACACUAUCCAGCAUUGUCUGCAUUUCUGGGUAAGAUAUAGUACAUGAGCCAGAAAUGCUGCUAAAUGGGUGCGAAGAUCAGCACCCCCCAGCCAGAGAAGCGGGAUGAUUCUGUGGUUACAGAUACUGAGGUGGGGAUGCCAUGUCCUGCAACACAUUUUCAGGGUGCCUUUCACUAACUGGUUGGUUCUAAGUUUCCAGCAGCUUGUUUUGGGUAUCUGAGAACUUCAGAGGAAGAGUGAGAGGGCAGGACAUAUGCACUUACAUCUUUGUUUAACAGCAACUCCUCUCAGAAGGCUGCAACUAGAGGCUGAAAUAAUAAUAGAGGUUUUGUGUCUGUGGUCCGGGCCACUUGUUUAACAAGCAGCUCAGCAUGUGUUCUGUGAGGCCAGCUUGUGUUUGCAUCCUUAUCUCCUCAUUUCUUGCUGGAUUUGGCUGGUCCCUGAGAGAGCAUCACUGCUCUGGGCAUGGACUGGGGGCUGAAGGAGUGAGGACACAGCCAAAGCCGGCCGUAGGAUAACUGCUUAUGUGUUCUUUUAAAACACAUCUUUCCUCCGUGGGAUAGCUGGAUGUACACAGGAGUUGCUGUGUUUUGUAUUUAGGGCUGGCUUAUUUUUCUGAUCACAGCUCAGCUGUGCCCAGAUGUUGGUGCUGUAAAGCAGAAAGAGGCGCCUGCAAGUGGAGUUCCACAUGUAGUGAUGAGAAAGGUGUGUACGUGUAGACAAGUCCCAUGUCUAUGUUUCUGUCUCUGGGAGUGUUAAUGCUGCUUGUCUGGUGUUCAAGAACAGACUUAUGGCACGUGAAUUCCUGAGAAAAAAAAUCUCCUGGGAUGACAAGAUACAGAUUGCCAUUUUAAGGCUGGAAGAAUCUUACCAAAGGCAGCAGCAGUGAAUUAUUUAGACUCAAAAUGCAGUGGUGUGCUGGACAAGAAUCAGACUGAUUUCUGUGCCACUUCCUCCUGUUCCCACUUCCACAGAGUGCUAGUGCUUGAUGAGAGGAGAUGGUGUCAGCACCCAGCCUGCUACGAGGGGAAAGAAAUGAAGAUGAUAAAGUCCAGACUUCAGGAUUUGAGUGCAGCAGGCACCCUUGACAGCCCUGAUUGUCCUUAGAGCUACUCAGCCUGGGUGGGACAGUCAUCCACAUGCAGUGCUUGGUCAGCCUUGGGUGCUCCUAACCUUGAAAGGAAGUAUCCUCUUAACUUUGUUCCCAGUGUGAUUUUGCCACACUUGGUCCAUUUGAGCCUAAAUUUUCCACCUGAGGCAGCCACCCAACUUGGAUCUGCCUGGAGGAGGAGGAGGCACGUGAAAACUGGUUUCUUCCAAAGCCAGGACGUGACAACUUUGCAAGGAGGAAAUGUGCAUGUCAUUUCACAUCAAUGCCAUCCUUCCCGUGGUAAUUCCCAGUGUAAUUCCAAGAGCUAAGCUGCAUUUACUGCCUGGAGCAAGCAAGAUACAUCACUGAAGAACUGGAGCUAGAAGGAUCCCGCAUAGAGGAUAAGAAGGUUACAAAAAUCGUAAUCCAAAUGCGAUAUGAACAAGGUGUCUGGUUUCGCCUCCCGGUGUUAAAGGCUGUCUUCUG